AUGGUCGCAUACGAACCUCCAGCAAAUGCAUCUCCUAUAGUGCAAACCUUCGCUGCAUACAUCAACGCUCUUGGAGCGUUUGACAGUGAAGGAAUCUCAGCAAAUUUAGAUGACGAAGCAUUCGAGUUCAACGUCCUUCCUCAAGCGAUGGCUACAGUGAAAUGGAAGAAGCAGGAAUACGUCGCUCAUCUUCAAGAGACGGUCUUUGUUACCCUAAAUGGUGGUUUAUCUAUGACUGUUCAUGAGAUUAUAGAAGCCGAUAAUGCGCUUGCGGUAUAUCUCCAAACGGAUGGCAUGUCCAAGCUCGGCACACCAUUUAACAACGAAUACGUCUUCAUGGUGCGGUUUGUACCGUCAAAGAUGCCAGGAGAGCUGCCCAAGAUCGGCAUGUGUAAGGUGUUUGGGAAUUCAGCCUUUUCCCGUGAUUUCAGAGCUGAGGAGGAGAAAAAAAAGGAGGCAAAGUAG